AUGGAAGAUACGGAAAAUAAUCAAGAUUUAAUAGAAGAAUCGGAUAUAUCGCCUAUAAUGCCUUCAGAUGGUCAAAUUGAUAUGGAUGAAGUAAAAGACGAAUUGAAGGAUGCAUUGGGUGAAUUACCCAAUAAGAAUAAGAAAUAUAUCACACAUCAUUACACGGGAACACCUUUAGUAUACGAAAAGCUUGCUGAAUCAGUAACGUCUCUUGAUAAAAUUUCAAAAGAAGAUCAGACGUCUAUUGAAAUAAAAUCAGAAUCUGUUGUAGUGAAUAAAAUUAGCAAAAUAGCUUUAUCACCUGGAAAUAAUUUUAUUGCUGGUUGGUGUGAAGAUGAUGGAAUUUUAGCGGUUUGGUCUCUGGUAAAUAAUGAGAGCGGUGAUGAUAUUCAUUUAAAAUUCACCGUAAAAACCAGUUUCAAUAAAUUUAACAUUCAAGAUUCAAGAAUUCAUCUCUCGGUUUCUGAAAAUGGACAUUAUGUUGCCAUUUCAAGACUGAAAAGUGUUGCUGUUGAAGAAUCACCAGAUAUGGAAUCCGCUAUAAAUUUGGGUUUAAGUGCGCCAGAUACUGUAAAAUCAUUUGUCACGCCCCAAACAUCUUUUGCUGUUUAUUCAACGAUUCCAGAACUCCCUCAUAUUUCUGAUGGGUUAAAUUCCCUUGAGAAUCUUGAAAUGUUAGGCCCUUUAUUGUUUAUUAAUGAUUCAAAAUUUGUCUUCAUUACCAGACAACAUUUAUAUAUAUGCACCACAAAAUUGGGAAUACCUAUUUAUAUUGUUGACUUGUCUGAAUUAAUCAAAUCCGUUCCUGAAUAUAGUCAUGAAAGUAAUUUAUUUUUAUUAGAUUGUUACGAUAUGCUUUCAGUCAGUUUAAGAACUGGCUCAGGCUACAUGCUUUGGCCAGAGAAUAAUGGUUUAAGUAUUUGGGAUUUGGAUGGGGUGUUAAAACAAUGGUUCUAUAUAGAUCCCAAAAACUCCUCACCUAAAGAUUGUCUUUACGCCAUCUCUGAAUCAGGAGAAUUGAUAGCAAGAUUCUCUGAUAAGCAUGGAGUGGUAAGCACGGUGAUAUUUCAUACACCAACAGGCUUAAGAACAACAGAAAUCAGCACUCCAAAGACAGUAUUCUUUAUUGCAUUCCUGAGCAAUCAUGAUCAAAUAGUUGUUUGUUCAACGGACAGUGGCAAUGUUAGAGUUCAAUUAUGGGAUUGUUGGAGUGGAGUAUUGAUUAAAGAAGAAGAAAAUCAUCCAAACCUUGACAAGGAUCUACCUCUCGCUUUACUCGAUGAUCAAUUUGUCCAUGCGAUUAAAAAUGAAAUUGUCAAGUACCCUUUAUUUCCUAAUGAGAAUAAGUUUAAAGGUUAUCAAGUAAACACAGAAAUACUAUCUACUGAAAGAGAUUGUAAACUUCCAAGUAAAAAGUAUGAAUUAGGUUCUUUGCUCGAAUCAAGUUUCUACGGAUACUCUAUAUGUUCAAUUUAUAUUCAUAAAAAAGAAAAAAUAUUUUGUAAAUUUAAAUUUGAACCUUGGAGGAAGUGGGGAACUGCCGAUUUAUUCAUGAAGUGGCUGGAUAAUGAUGGAAAUCGAAUUUUAUUGGCAGGGCACGAUAGUGUUCAGAUAUACAGGACGAAACCAAAUGCAAAAGGUUCACUUCUGAAAGUUGAAUUACAAUACAUGUGGACGGUUCCACUUUAUAAAAAUCCACUUUAUCGUCUUAAAAUACAACUCACAAAUUCUGAAACAAUAAUUCUUCCACUUCCAGCGGCAGAUGAUAAAAAUACGCAUCAGAUUUUCAAAGAUGCGUGCGCGUCUAUACACCUUAUACGUCUAUGUCUUAAUGAAGAUGUAUCAUAUGCCUCGCAUUGGGAUAUUUGUGUUCAAUUAAAAAAAUUAAUUUUAAGUUCAAUAGAUAAAUUCUCUUCGUCAAUUAACAAAAUAUCUUUAGGCGAUGGACAAUAUAUAUAUCCCAUGGAAGACUUUAUAUUAUUUGAAUGGAAUGACGUGGUUACUACAAUUUUAAAUAAAGAACGAUAUAUUCCACUAUUUCAUAAUGACGAACGAACUGAAAGUGCCUUAGCUUUGUUGAUUGAGCUUCAAAAAUCCGACCUUCUCGAUCAAUUGAUCUCUUAUAUAAUACGUCACGUUCAACAACCCGGAUUUGCAUGGACAGUCGGAGCUGCAUUGUUAGAUUUAUACCGACUUUAUCCGGAUAAAGGUACUAAAAUAAUGAGAGAAUGGAGUUACCUUACAACUUCAUUGGAAACUCCCACUCGAAUUUUGAGAACUAAUUUAGGAAAUCCAUUAAAAGUCGAAGAAAGGAGCUAUCAUUCAGGGUUAAAAACUGUCUCUGGGAAAGCCCGGCUACCAAAAGAAUAUAAGGUUGCUGGUGAUUCAAUAUUGAGGAUAAUAGCUUCCAAGCUUUUAUGUUAUAACAUAUUCUCCCAAAAAAAGAAAACUAUGACCUCCAUAUCAACAACCACUGCCACUGCCACUACUGCCAGCUUUGUAUCAUCUGAAAAACUCAAAGUUCUCAACGCUGGCUCGUCAGAAUUUACUAUAAAUAUCUUGAGCGAAAAUAAAAAAGAUUUCCAACAAAUUCGUGUUUCUCGAAGACGUCAGCGUAAACAACGAUUAAAUAAAGCUCAGAGAUCUCAUCCGGCGAAGCUUUGCGUUGUUCCACUGCCAGAUUUUUGCGUUUACCCUGAACCACCUAAAAUUAAUAGUAAAGCUUCUAUUGGUGAACGCAUAAAAAGAUUUUGGGCAACAUACGUUUCGCCAACGAGACUUAGUUCUUUUGCUGAAGCCGCAAUACAUGGACCAUUGGAAAUGUUUAGUGAAGUUGCUAUGGAGGCCAUUAUCGAAUUCAAAUGGGAAAAAUAUGCACGCAGGAGAUUCUUAUGGACGUUCUGUGCCUACUUAAUAUACGCGGUUCUAUUCUGUAUAACUGUCAGCAUCGAUCCUGUACUGGUACCAGACGACAAUGCCAAUUGGAAAAUGCCCUUAUUCGCCUUCGUGAUAGCCUUUGCGUUAUACUUCUUGAUUCAAGAACUUCGUCAAAUGCUUGGUCAAUGGAAAAACUAUUGGACGAACGUUUCUAAUUAUUUGGAUCUAGCAAGUUUUAGUCUUCCGUUAAUUACUUGUUGGUAUGCAAUUAGUAAACAUGAACCAAGUGAUAUAUUAAAAAGUUAUGCAGUUUUAUUAGUUUGGCUCAAUGCGCUCUUUUUAUCACGCGCAUUUUCUGGUCCAGGAAAAUUUAUUUCUAUAGUUUUAGAAAUUAUAAGAAAAAUUAGAACAUUGGUUUUAACUUUAGCAUUCAUGGUUGUGGGCUUUGCGAACGCAUUGUUUGUCCUUCUUCGAGAUAAACAAUCUGAAGGGAUCCCACAUUAUAAUGGUAAUUUAACGAACUCAUCAUCUGGUGAUGUAAUUGGUAACUUAGAUAUCAGCCAACCGCCAAAUUUGUGGUGGACAACUUUUCCGUGGGCAAUAUUUUCUACAUACAAAUUUUUGGGUGUCGGAUGGGAAACCGUAAAUGUCUUUGACCCAGAUUGGGCAAUACUUUUCAUGGUGUUACUGUUCAACUUUAUAACUGUGAUUAUAUUGUUGAAUGUACUUAUCGGUUUAAUUGUCGAAGUAUUCAAUGGAUCCCUUAAAAAUGGUCGCCAAGCUUGGCUACGACAACGAGCCCAACUAAUUUCAGAAAUCGAAUUAUAUUCAAUUACCCCUGCACAACGUAAUCAUGCAGAAUGGUUUCCUCAUUUAAUAUACUAUGAAAGUCACUUAGAUUCCAUUACAGGAUGGAGACGACAGUUAUAUGAAGCUGCAAUGGAUGAUGUUAAUUCUGAAUUCAUUAGAAAUGAAUUGAAAGAGGUAAAAUCUGAUGUAAUUGGAGAACUGAAGGAGGUAAAGGGAAUAGUUGGACAGAUCAGAAUUUUUGUAAACCCUGAAAGCGGUGAAAAUGAGGGGAAAAAGUAA